GUCAUCUCUGAUGAUGAGGAUUCAGAAGAGUUAAAUCCACUCCCAGAGGUCAAAAAGCAAAAACUAUCCUCUUUAAGAGGCCACAUCAAAUCGUUUUCAUCUAACACACCCCAAUCAACAAGAUCCCCUACUCCAGAACUACCCAAAGCACCAAGCAAUCUUGACCAAUUUGAUCAAUGGAUAGAUAAAUAUUCCCCCAAAUCAACUUCUGAAGUCGCAAUCCAUUCCAAAAAACUAGCUGAAGUGAAAGAAGAUUUAGAAUUGAUGAUUUCUGGUGACUCCCCAUACAGAAUACUACUACUAAGCGGUCCAGCAGGCUCAUCCAAAAGCACAGUUGCCAAAUGUUUAGGCCGCGAAUUAAUACCUGCAAUACGGCAUACUCAACCUUCAGAGACAGAUAUCAUAGAAUUUACAAAUGAUGAUUCCAUAGAAUCAACCGUGACUCAAUUUAGUGACUUUUUGGAUAGUGUGAAGUAUCGCACUGGAAAAAACUUAUCAAUGGUUUUGGUUGAAGACUUACCAAAUGUGUUUCAUGGACCUACUAGAGAUAACUUUCAACAAGCAUUACAACAGUGGCUUUAUAAAGAUUUGUUCCUACCCCCGUUGGUGCUCUGUGUUACUGAGUGUGAAUUUCCUAACGAUGGUCCAACUUCUCAAGGCUUCAAUAUUGAUAAUAAUUUCAUCGUGGAAACUAUUUUGGGUAGAAAAUUGCUGAUGAAUCCUCAAAUCAAGAGAAUAAAGUUCAAUCCUGUCAAUAUGACGCUGACCAGAAAAUGUUUGACUAACAUUGUUUCUCAAGAAGGAGACUUGUUCAAUAAUAUACCCAGACAAGAGAUUCUUGAUAAAAUUAAAGAAUUGAGUGAUAAUGGUGAUAUAAGGUCUUCUAUUGCUGCUUUUCAGUUUUGGGCAAGUUACAGAUCAAAACACGAUGAUUCACGAAAAUUCAUCAGCAUUGGUAAAGAACCAAGUAUUUCGUUAUUCCAUGCAAUUGGUAAAUGUAUCUUUGGAACAAAAAAUGAAGAGGAGGAUGAUAUUACCACUUUGGAUAAAGUGCUGAAUGAUUUCAUCUCCAAACCAAACAUUUUGAAACUUGGAAUCUUAGAGAAUUACACAAAAUUUAAUAAAGCCAACUAUGAUCUUGAAUCGGCAUGUGAUAUUGCCGAGAAUUUGAGUGUCUCUGACUUGUUUGGAAACGAUGAUUCCUCAAUAGAAUUCGCAGCAAGAAGUACAAGAACAGUUUUCAGAAAUGUCAAUGUCAAAUCCAGCUCCAAUGGUAGUAAUCAUAGUGGAGCAACUUUUCCAAGGGAAUGGAAAGUCCAAAGAGGGAUCAACGCCACAAAGAGUGAUAUUCUACGGUAUAUUGAAACAGAACUCAAAAGAAGACAGGCAUACAGGACAUUUCAAGAUUCAAAUUUGUUAUACGGGUAUUAUGAACCUAUAAUCAAUAAGCAAAGGGGCUCUAACCCAUUUAUUUCUGAAAGACUAGGUGGUCCUUUCAAAGAAGUCUUUGGAGAUAGUGAUAUUGUACCCGAUGAAGAGAUUACAAGAGAUAGAUAUUUCAAGACAAGCAAUAUCAAAGAUGAUGAUAGCUCCUCUUUCGACUCUAGUGAUGAUUCAGAGCUUGAAAAUGAUCCAAUUGUGGAUACAGAUGCUGAUGAUGAAGCAGGUGACGAGUUUGGCGAUGAUGAU